CAUCAACGGCCAAUAGAAUGUGGGGCUCGCCCGCGCAGCUGCUACGUCACGUUGGGCCCGCUGAGGCUCCCACGCGCCGGCGGUGGAAGCUGUCCAGGGUCUGCAGGCUAGGUAUCUGCGGCAGCGGUGUCCCUGCUUCACCUUUCGGGCCUAGAGAAGCCUUGAGUCGUCCGGUGAAGGCUGUGGCAGGCGUCAGGAACUUUGUGAGAAUUUCAAUGUAUGGAAAAAUUGUCCAUGUUCCAAGUGGUGUAUAUCCAAAGGUCUCAGUGUAAUACCAGGACCAAAACAUUCUGUGUCAGUCAGCCAGCUGAACACUUAAUGACUCCUAAAAUCUCAUGGACUUCUAAAUUCUAAAGAAGUACCAUGGCCUGUCCUGCUGUCUUGAUUCCUGGGUUGUUGCGAGGUUCUGUUGGAGCCAUCUGUGCUCAGGCCCCUUUAUUGAGAUUGACACCCAGCACUUUGCGCCGCCUUACUCUAACCAGUGUAAUGAAAUCCAUAAGGAAAACUGAUCACUUGGAGAGAACUGCAAGUGUCCUUCGCCGGGAGAUUGUGUCAGCAGCUAAGGUGUGCGCAGCUGCCAAUGAGUCACCAUCAGUGAAGAGCCUCCGCUUGCUUGUUGCCGAUCAAGACUUUUCUUUUAAAGCUGGCCAGUGGGUUGAUUUCUUUAUCCCAGGAGUCUCUGUGGUUGGUGGAUUUUCAAUAUACUCCAGCCCAAGACUGCUAGAACAAGAGAGAAUGAUAGAAUUGGCAGUGAAAUAUACGAAUCACCCUCCUGCUCUCUGGAUUCACAAUAAGUGUACACUUGACUCUGAAGUGGCUGUGAGAGUGGGUGGAGAAUUCUUCUUUGACCCUCAGCCUGCAGAUGCCUCUAGAAACCUCGUGUUGAUUGCAGGAGGAGUUGGAAUUAACCCCCUGCUUUCCAUCCUGCGGCACUCAGCAGAUCUGCACAGACAGCUGGCAAACAAAGGAAGUGGAUAUAAGAUAGGAACAAUAAAACUAUUCUACAGUGCAAAAGAUACCAGUGAACUCCUGUUUAAGAAAAAUAUCCUCGAUCUAGUAAAUGAAUUUCCUGAGAAGAUUGCAUGCAGUUUGCAUGUUACAAAACAGACUACACAAAUCAGUGCAGAACUCAAGCCAUAUAUCACAGAAGGAAGAAUAACAGAGAAGGAGAUAAGAGAUCAUAUUUCAAAAGAGACUUUGUUCUAUAUUUGUGGCCCACCUCCAAUGACGGACUUUUUCUCCAAGCAACUGGAAGAUAGCCAUGUUCCCAAAGAACAUAUUUGCUUUGAGAAGUGGUGGUAGAAGCAGGAAAAGGCAGAAAAGAGAAGGAGGUGGUGAGAUCUGCUCAGGACCGUAAGAGAGAGAUGUCAUUGUGGCAAGAUGAAUUGAUCUCUACUUAGUUGUCAUAUUUUUUAAGGCUGUGAACUAAGCGACCAGCUGGAGAAUCAAAGAAAAGCCAGCCGACAGACUAAAUGGUAAACUUUUUGCACGAACCUCAUUGAUCAAACUAUAUUUUACUAUAUUGAUUUUCUUUAUUAAUAACUAUUUAAUUAUCUAAUCAUGUACCAUGAGUUGGUUAAUAUAGAUUUGUUUUGCCCUUAGGCAAUAGAACAAUAUAUACUUAACAUUAAAUCACAGGAAAAUGUGAUUUUGUGUGUGAACUGUGGGCUAGUUUUAAAUUAUUUGACAGCCAUCUAUGUAUCUUAUGUUUGCUAAACUUAUAAUUUAAAUACAUUCUUAAUAAUUUUACUUUGAAAAUUCUUUGUAUUUAAUGCCUUUAUUUACUUUACCAUGGCCUACAGCCUUAUUUGGACCAUCUAAGUUGAGUUUGGAAAUGGAAAAUAAUUUGGAAAACUGCUUUAGGGUGUUGAAUAUCUAGCAUAUUUGCUUUUUCGUUAAUGAAUAUCCUAAGUAUGUAUCCUAAUUGUUAGCUUCUUCCCAAAUGAAAUCCUUUCUAUGUCUCCACUCCCUGCCUUAACACUCUGUUAGAGGUGGAUUCUUGUUUGGGACAAAGGCAUUGGUUACUGUUGUGUUCCAUUCAGUGACUGGGCAGGCUGGUUGUGGAAAUGUGCUUAGGAUUGAUUAGGACGUAAGAGCCAUUUCCAAAUCCUGCUUCUCUACUUUUUAUUUCAUUCUUUCACCAGGGUUUUUCUUGGCACCAGCGGCUACUUAACACAUACUUGUUGAAUGACUGAAAGAAAGCAACUAAUGUUUCAACUCUUGCUAAGUCUGGGUUUGGGAGGCAAUCCCCCAAGGUAGAUAGAAUGGUGGAGCCUCAUCCCAAUGCUGCUCUGAUGAAAGUGCUAGAAAGCAGGCUGUAAUUCUUACAGCAUAGUGAGGUGCCACCCACUGCCUCUGUUCAAUCACCACCAUGGCUGUGUGCCUACUCUUGUCAGAGAGCAAGGGCCACCUGUCCUGGAGAAUCCAGCUCUACCUGCCACCCUGCUGCCAGCCCACUGUCACCAUUUAUGAACUACUAAGGGUGUUCCUUUCAGCUCUGUCAUUCUGGUACUAAGUGGUUAACAUAAUUUUCUGGUCUGCAGGCCAGUAAUGUCCUGUUGCCCUUGUCUUCCAGGCCCAUCCAUAUCUCUACCAUACUCAAGUUGAGUAACUCCAACUAGGGUGGCUUGGUAUUUAUAAUGUGGUGGCUGAGAGUAUAGACUAGAGAAAGCCCUUGAGCCAGACUGCCUGGGUUCAAAUCUCACCUAUGCCAAUUACUAGAUGACCUUGAGCAAAUCACUUAACUGCUUUAUGCCUCAUUUAUUAAUAAAAUUACAUACUUGCAGCUAAUUGUAAAGGGGAUAAUCCUACUACCUACCUCAUUGGGCUGUUAUAGGGGAUUCAAUGUGAUCAUACAUGUACAGUGCUUAGAGUACUGCAUGAGCGUGUUAUUAUUAAUAUGCUAUUCCUUGUCCUGUUCUGAAAGGAUUUCAAGAGGCUGGAUAUCUUAGAUUUGGUCUAUUAACUUGUAACCUUCAUGUGGGUAGGGUCCUGUCCUGUUUAGCACUGUGCUUGGCACAUAAGAAGUACUUCAUAAAUAUGUGGGUAAAAGGCCUACCCAGAGCUGAUGAGCUGGAUUAACAGAUCUCUUAAGUAUCUUCUGUCCCUGUGAAUUUGAGAAAUUAUUUAUUCUUAUGACAUGAGACCCUCCCACAGUAUACUCAAUUAGGUUAGUCUGAUAAAUGUGUCUUUCUCAAAUUUUCAAUGUUAGUAUGAGCACCGUUGCUCACCAAAAAAUGGAGCAAACACCUAUUCUUCCCCAUAAGUUUGCCAUCAAAGGGGCUUUCCAUGAGGCAGGGAGCAUUUUAUCACCAACAGGUUGUCUCCAGGUGGGUAGGUGGCUGUGGAGCCCUAAGAUAAGGAUGUUCUCUAGGACUCUGGUUCUGGUCAGUGACCUCUACUUUAAAAAAAAAAAAAAGUCCUGUGAAAAAUGUCAGACACACCGAAGUAGAGGAGAUAGUAAAGUGACUUCACAUGCAUCCAUCACCUGGCUUCAAUGACUAUCAACAGUCUGCUGUUUGUUUUUGUUUACCCUCAACUUCUUUGUGUUGUUGCUGUUGUUUUUGCUGGUGUAUUUUAAAGCAAAUCCUAGAAAUUAUAUCAUGUCACCUGUAAAUUCUUCAGUAUAUAUCUCUAACAGGUACACACUUCAACAUGACCACAGUGUCACCGUCACACUCAACACAAGGAGCAAUGAUUCCUUAAUAUCAUCUAAGUCCCUUCAGUGCUGUGUUCCUCCCCUGUGGCAUCAAAAGUCCACACAUUGCAUUAGGUUUGUAGGUUUUUUAAGGUUUUUAAAAUCAUUCCAUCCUCCUUUCCACUCUUCUGUAUUUCAGGUAAAUUGGUAAUUAGACCUAGAGCUUAUUUAUAUUCAGCUUUAAGAUUUUUAUUUAUUUUUUUUUGCAAAACCACAUUAUAAAGUGGUGUACUUCCUGUUACAUCAUAUGAGAUAUAUAACGUGUGCCCCACUUUUAAUGUUGUUAAGAUGGAUCAGUGGUUUCAGCUUUUGUCAGCCUGAUUCAUCUAAUAUUAAAGGUUGCCAUCAAACUUCCACCUAAUUGUUUAAUUAGCCAUUGAUCAUUGCCUGUAUCUGUUUUCUUAUUAAGGAUUAAUUAUCCAUUUCUAUUCUUCCUGCAUUUAUUGUCUGUGAUUCUUCUAUAAAGAACUGUCCCUCAUCAGCUUGGAUUACCUGAAAUGAGUCUGUAAAGGAAAGGUAGGAUCAAUGCUUGAUUUCUUUCCUUUUAUUCAAUAAUUAGCACUGUGGUCUCUGGGCUGUGGAUCACCCACCACCCAGCUCCGUGACCACUGUCUGCCCCCACCUCCCCGCCAUGUCCAUGGAAAAAUUGCCUUCUAUGAAAUUUAGGAACCAGGUCAUGUAGCCGGCGUGGCCGGCAGGCAAGUAAAGCUUCCCCAUCGCUGAUGUCACCGGUGGCCUGAGCUCCACCUCAUCUGUUGAAAAAUUGUCUUCCAUGAAAUCAGUCCCUGGUGCCACAAAGGUUGGGACUGCUGAAUUUUAGCAUAUUACGAGUUGGUAUUAUUUAAAGUAUCAUUGUGAACUCAAGGCUUUUAUAAAUUUGGUUGUUUUUAUCUAUCGUGGUUAAUUGUUUGAUGCUCACUUGUCUCAGGUUGCCUGUGCUAUAUCAGUGGCCCAUACUAAGUCAUGGGGGCUGAUGAAGUUUUUGGCUCUUAAGAAGUAUAAAAAGUGCCCUAAAAAACAGGUAGGAGGAAAAGGAGAUGAGUAUAAUGUUAGAAAGCCGCAUGAAGAAAGCGUUUCAUAGAGGACGGACCCGUGAGCUGUGUGAUGCUGCUGACAGGAGGAAAGAUGGUUCGGGUGAGUGACCACUCAGUGUUGAUUUGGCCACUGCAAGGUCAUUGGAGAUCUUGAUAAGAUGGAUAGCGGGAGUGAAAACGCUAGAGUGGGUGUUUAGGAACAACUGGGAGGAAAGAAAUUAGAAAAAGUAUAGGUAAUAGCUUCAAAGAACUUUACUAUAAAGAGAAGGAAAAAGAUAGGGUGGUAACUGGGAAGGGAAGUGGGGUCAAGAGAACACCAUUUGUUUUACUCAUUGGGUUUUUUUGGUUUGUUUUUUAAACUUUAUUUUGAAAUAAUUUUAGAUUUAAAGAAGAGUUGUAAAGUUAGUGCAGGGUUCCAAUAUACCCUUCACUUAGCUUCCUUGAAUGUUUAACAUAACUAUAUUUAUCAAAACAGAAAUGAGCAGUAUAGUUAAAUUGGAACAGUACUAUUAACUAGACCACAGUUUUUCUAAGGUGAGAGAAAUGACAACCUGAUUAUAUGAAAAGCUAUGGAAGAGUCAUUCAGUGGGACUACAGUUGGGGAAAUUACAACUUUUUCUAGGGGACGACAAAUUGAUUAACUGUCAUUUAUUGAGCAUCUGCUACGUGCAGUUACUGAGCUAGACAUAGGAAAGUAUAAGACUAAAGGUUAUCUUGAGGAGCAAGUUAUAAAUACUUUGGGAAACAGUAUUUUUUAUGAAGUUGAAGAGUGAUAAAUAUCUUCUAGAAAGAACUGUAUUACACACUGAGAUCAUUUCAACAAGAUUAAAAGUGGAAAUGUUCUGGAGAAAACUGUGUUUUUGCAAGCGUCACUGGUUGAAGGAGAAGCUGUAGAGGAUGGGUGACUUAAGCGAGUCACUAGAGCGAUGGAUCCUGUGGGUGGGGGGGCAGUGGGGAGUGCUGCACCCAUGCUCUGGAGGUCAUGCUCAGGAGCUUUGUUAUUACUGGAUGCACAGCACAAGUACACGAGUGUGUGCAGUGAAUAUCAAACAAUCCAAGGUCAUGUGUCUGCUACUAAGAAUUUUUUUUCUUUCUGAAUGGAAAACAGCAAUUUCCUUCAUUCCUGGGUAUUGCAGAUGAUCAUAUGCUGAUAAUUUAGCCUGAGAGCUGUUAUUUCAUUUAUUUUAAAUAAAACUCAAAGAAGUGUACUGUUCUCAUCUUAGAGAAUAUAGUGAGAUGUCUUGUCUUUAAUAUUACUCUUUCCUAAUAUGCACAUAAGCUAUCAGUGUGAUGAUGACAUGUAAAGAUACCUACUAACCCGCCAUCAAAUCAAGGCAUGCAUUUUUAAAUGUUUUGUGCUCAAGAAUCCAAACCUUUCUAGUUAUUGAACACCCAUCUUGAUCUGGUCUGUUUUGAGUUCUUAAAACCCUGCAGGAGCCCAUAAGCCUAACCUAGCCCCCUCCAUCUCAUGCCCAUGUACCAUUUUGCUAUACUUGAGCAUAACAAAGUUUCAUCUAUUCCUUUUUUCUUUUUUGAUUACCUAAUACAUAUGACCACAAAAAUUAAAUAUGAAAGUAUAUACACUAAAAUGCUGAAGUCUUCUCUUCUAUCCAUUCCCUCACCUAGAAGGAACCUCUGUAUAAAGAGCUUGCUGGGUAUCUUUUAGACAUCUGAUAGUGUAUUAACCCUGUAUACAUUCACAACUAUGUGUGCUUAUGUUGUGCAUCUCAUCUUUUAACACACUCUAAAUUAUGUCCUCAGUUUUUGGCUAUUACAAACAAAAUUGCAGUUAGCAAACUUGUUCUUAUAAUUUUUCUGUACAUAUUCCUGUAAAAUUACUAGAAGUGUCAUUUCUGGAUCAAAAAUUGACUGGUAGCACCAGAUUAUCCUACAAAAUGCCUAAUCAAUUUAUAUUCUAACAGGAUAUGAAAGUGCCCAUUUCUGGCCAACACUAGAUAUUCUUAGUCUUUAAAUAUUUUUUUCCUAGAACAGUUGAAGAUGAUUUUUUUUAAUUAACAAUUUUCAGAUUGUUCCAUAGCAUUUUUUUUCCUGAACUUUUUAGCCAUUCCUAUUUCUUCUUUUGAGAAUGGCAUAUUCCUGUUAUAUGUCCAUUUUGAUGUCUUACUGAUUUGUAACUCUUUAUAAAAAUAAAAUGAGUGCUAAUCCUUUGUCUGUUAGAUAUAUUGCAAAUAGAGUAAAAAUCCAGCUAGGCUUAUCUGUUCUUAGAGACUGUAGGAGCCUAGAGAGAAGAAACAGAACAGGAAGCGGCAGAUUGGCUGAGUGUGUGUUGUGGUGGAAGGAACGUGGUGCCAGACUGCAAGAGCCCUAAAUCGUCCCCAUUCUACAGCUUGCUGCCCGUGUGACUCAUCGCGCCUGUCGCUGUAACCUGCUUUCCUCUGUCACGUAGGUAAGACGAUGUGACUUUAAAAUCCCUUUACAGUUUCACAGUGGAGAGAGAUCAAGGUUGACCAUUGCAAUGAGAGAUGAUGAAGGAUUAUCUUAACUGUCUUCAAAUAUUUGUUGAAUUUUUGCAGUGACUAUUGUUUGUAUUUCCAGUGUUGACAGAAUAAGCAGAAAAUGGUCUUGGACUAAAGCAAGAGAAGAGUUUAGUGUGAUGUAGAGGACUUUUGGACUGUACUGCUGAUUAAAUUCUGGAGCCAGGGCCCAAGAGAAAUGGUGGAAUCACCAUUAAUGAAAAAUAAAACUGACAUUUGCCCA